AUGGCCGCUCAAGAUGAUAGCCACGUGGGAAACACCUCCCCCCUCCUCUCUCCUGAUCCUAAGACCGCAGCAUCCUUGAUAAACCAAGUUGAUGUUCUCCAAGAGUGGGAUGAUGAAAAUGAGGAAUUUACCGGCCCCAAUUAUAAGCAGGCAGACGAUGAUUAUUUUUCCAGUGUUCAAGAUACCCUUAACGAAAUUAACAGAGACGCAUUUGGCUCCAAAGGCGAGGAAGAUGCCAUUGAAGCAAUGCUGAAAAAUCUACUAUUGGACAACAACAUUAACAGUGAUGCUCCAAAGGACUUUUUAUAUGAUACCAUGCUUUCUAAGCUAUUAGGCCGCGAGCUAUUGCAUGCGCCACUUCUCGAUCUACACAAUGAGGAAUGUCCAACCCCAUCUUGUCAGCUUGUGGAAAAUGAGAAAUGCCGCUUCGAGGCUCAAUAUUCUUAUUUGGGAGAACUUAUGGCCCUAUGGGAUAGAAAGCAGCCAUCUUCUGAUGAGCCAGAGUCAAAUAUAGAAGAUAAAGGGAUCGAUAUAUUGAUCCAAAUACAGGAUUGUGGGUGUCCUCCGGAUGAGCUUAUCAGAGACAUCGGGGGUGAUCCAACAUUAUUUAACAUCAACAAUUCUGACAAUAUCGGCGCGGAUUUCCAAUCCCAAGGCUGCCCCAUGAUGUAA